AUGGCGUCAGACGCGCCCGCGGACAGCCUCGAGGCUCGCGAGUUAAACUUAGUAUCCAAAGUGGAGCUCCGCAUCGCUCUGGCAGACUCGGACGACAAGCUCCAGAAGCUGUUGCAGACAUACCUGGCGCCGCUGCUGCUCAAACUUACAUCAGAAAGCCUGGCCGUGCGCAACAAAGUCAUUGCCGUGUGCCAGCAUAUCAACACAAGAAUUAAGCCAAAUUCGAUCCAGCUCCCCGUGGCUGCCCUGUUGAAGCAGUUCACAGAGCAGAAUUCCCAGUUGAUCAGACACUUUGACUUGCUAUAUAUCCAGCAGGGCCUAGAUCGCCUAGACGCAUCAGCCCGGGUAGAGCUUCUGCCGGUCGUUUUCCAGGGUAUUUCCCGCCUUGAUACUACAUCUUCACAAUCAGCCAUCGGGUUUAAUUUGAUUCUGAGGCUGCUGCCCCUACUCCGAAUCCCCCCAAAAGAGAGCCGAGAAGACAUUGGUCUAAAGGACAAGCUCUCUCUGUCAGCUGAGGACCUACGCUUCUUAUCGGUCUGGUUUGGCAAGCUCUUUCUCCUGUCAUUUGCAGGCAAUGAUGCAACUACCUGCCCGGGGCUCUCUCCGUCAGAAUAUAGCUUUUUGAAUAAAUCGUCCACUUUUGCUGAAACAUGGGACCCAAAGGUUCCCGGCGGCUUGAACUUGACCGAAACAAAACUUGUGGUUGCCAGGUUCCUUACCAGUGGAGCUUUUACAGACCCCGAUCGGUUUCUUCCAGCUGUGAUUCUAUCUGCUGAUUCUAAUUCUCGUCUCUCGGAUAUUGGUGACGAUGUCCUCAAGCGAUUUAAUCCUAAUUUGGAAGAUGCUGAGACGGUGGAGCAACUUUACAAGCUCUACUUUGGAACCACCGGCCAAAACGCCACCCCCCCUGUCCGCAUUCCUCUUCAGAUCAAGGUUCUGGCUCUCCUUGGAAGAUCUGUGAUAGCAACCUCAUAUACGGACGACGUCACCAGGCUGCUCGACGAAGGCCUAUUUUCGGAUGCGGCCAAAUCCAACCAGGGCCUUCAAGCCUCGAAGCUCAGGUCACAGAUCUUUACAUUUACUACAUGGCUUGUCCGCAUGGGGGCCCCAUCCGACCUGAAAUUGAUUGCGCCCAAAGCUGUCGUGGGUCUCCGCGGCUAUGUAGAGUACCAAGGGUGGCCUGACCCCGGAAUUAGUGGCCAGAAACUGUCAAUAGCUGAUAUCUCUGCACGAGGCUUGGCCUACGAAAGUAUCGGUAUUUUGUCGCCCAAGAUUGCGCCAAUAUCCGGCACCGAUUACGUGGAUAUGGAUUUAUUGAGAUGGCUUUUUGCAUCUCUCGCCUCAGACGCCUCAGCUCCGGAAAUUUCCGUUAGUAUCGAGCAAGCUCUUGGAAGCAUUAUGAACUGCUUCACAGGCAACCUUCCUGAAGAUACAAGGUCGGAGCUCGGUGACUUUCUUGUGAGUCAGAUGAAAAUUCAACCUGGGAAAGAUAACCCUCUGAAUGGCUUCCCUGUUGUUCGCAGUCCACAUUAUACGGCUGUUAGAUAUGCAAACCGGUGUCUGCCAUACUGGGAUCUUACUGCUAGAUGGGUUGAUAUCUUAGCCAUCGGAAGUAAAGUUGGCAGGGGCAGGGAGAUCAUUGAAGAAGGCAAAAAAGGGUUACAUCCAUAUUGGUAUCGAAUGCUCAACCCUGCGAGAGGUGUCUAUCCCGUGCCUACUUCUGCGAAUGGCCAAGGUGCUCGAUAUGAUUUUCCCAACUUUCAGCUUUCAACGAAGCUGUUCGAGCUGCUAGCCGAUCUUGAGUCUACACCCGUAGAUAUAGACGGGGUGAUUGCACCAGCUAUCCGGUUUUGCAAGCACCUUCUCGUAUGGGAGGCAUUUUCAAAAGCAGAAAUACCGCUUGAGAUUGACCAGGACUGGGAAUACCGACUGGACACACUGCUACAAUCUGAUACCCAGGCCCGAGAGUCUGUAAGGGGGCAUAUCCACCAGCAACCUGCUUCUAACAUGGCAACUUGGUUAGAUGCCGCACUUAAAGGUGUUCUUGGAAAUGGGCCAGAAGCCACUGUGUGUGGCAAAGACUUUGUAGACAUCAGCUCUUUAAUUUCUAAUGAGGUUUUAGCGCCCGUUGUCAAUCGAGCAAAUUCACUGCCAGAGGUAGUCUAUGCUACAAACGAUCAUCCUUUACAACUUACCGCUGCAAGGGCUCUUGGAAGUCUCGCUUCCCACCCGUCACUAGCGGCACAAGAUUGUCAACGAAUCUCUUCCGAGGCAAUCAACCUGAGCGGCACGUGGAAGGGAUCUGUUGGACAGGCAGCAAACCGAGUGAGAGGAGCAGUUCUCACUGCCGCAUUUGUUCUCAGCAGGCUUUCCUUUCACAAGAGAAUUGAUGUCAUUGCUGAAGCCAAGGUCAAAGAAUACAUUGGCACUAUUGUUGCAAUUCUUUGUGAAUCACGAGACGCCCAGCUUGUAGAUGCUGUUCAAUUAGCCAUCAGCCAGCUCGCAAUGUCGCAAAUUUUGACCUUUGAGGUGAUGUCUGAAGCUGGCUUACUACAAACUAUUAAGGAUAAACUCCUGGAGUCUGCCAAAAACGAGAAAGAAAACGCGAUUGAAGCAUUGGGACAUCUGAGUCUAGUAAUGCCAAAAGAGGGCGAGCACGCAUCUACAUUCGGCAGCAUCAUGGACUCGUUGUACGGCUUGCAUGAAAUUCGCAAACCCGAAGUGCAGCUUUCUGUGGGCGAUUCACUCUGUGCUGCGGCUGCAGGGUGGGAAUCAAAGUCAUUGAUUGGUGCAGUUGACGUCGAUGGCCAUCCAUUAAAAAUCGAGGUUCCCAGGAGCAUCCUCACAGAGAUGGCCGAUAAAUUCAUAACGAACUGCAAAGCCUCAAAGCCAUCGCUGCGAAAAGCAUCUGCAAUAUGGCUACUUUGUUUGGUCAAAAAUUGCGGGCAUCUUGAAGAAGUUCACGAACGCCUCCGUCACUGUCAAGCAGCAUUCAGUGGUCUUUUGGCGGAUAGAGACGAAUUUGUUCAAGAAAGUGGCUCGAGGGGGUUGAGUCUAGUUUAUGAAAUGGGAGAUCAGAAUCUUCGAGACGACUUGGUCCGAGAUUUGGUCAGUUCCUUUACGGGUAAUGAAUCCGGCUUGAAGGGAAAUGUCAGCAGUGAUACAAAACUGUUCGACGCUGGGGCUUUACCAACUGGAGAAGGCAAGUCAGUUACAACCUACAAGGAUAUUAUGAGUCUGGCUUCCGAAGUUGGAGAUCCAAGUUUGGUUUACCGGUUUAUGUCUCUCGCGUCGAACAAUGCCAUAUGGUCGAGCCGAGCUGCGUUUGGCAAAUUUGGCCUGAGUGCCGUGCUGUCUGAUUCUAGCAUGAGCGGCUAUCUCUCUCGGAAUCCAAAGAUUUACCCCAAGCUGUAUCGUUAUCGCUUCGAUCCGAAUCCGAAUGUACAGAGGUCAAUGAAUGGAAUCUGGCAAGCGGUUGUCAAGGAACCUAAUGUCUUGUUGGAAACACAUUUCGACGCCAUCAUGGAUGAUUUGCUGUCUAGUAUUAUUGCUGGAAGGGAAUGGCGAGUUCGUGAGGCUAGCUGUUCCGCCAUUGCUGACCUCAUUCAAGGGCGCCAAGUUGAAAAGUACGACAAGUACAUGAAUGAUGUUUUGACCAAGGCCUUCAAGGUGAUGGACGACAUCAAAGAGUCAGUGCGCGCGGCCGCUCUGCGCCUCUGUCAAGUUAUCACCAACAUUCUAACGCGCACACUUGAAACCGGAGACACCGAGUCAAAGCGAGCAAAGACGAUGUUGAACCAUCUCAUUCCUUUCUUGCUGAGUCAACGGGGCAUGGAAUCCAGCGCGCAAGAAGUGCAAGCUUAUUCGAUAUCGACAGUAAUUCAAAUUAUCAAGAAGAGUCCAAGUGCUCUGUUGCGCCCGUUUAUACCUCAAAUAUUAGAGAAGUUCGUGUCUUCCCUAAGUUCGUUAGAGCCUCAGGCUGUGAACUAUGUUCACUUGAACGCAGACAAAUACGGGCUUACCGGCCAGGAGGUUGAUAAUAUGAGACUUUCGAGUAUCCGAAUGUCUCCAAUGAUGGAGAGUAUUGAGCGGUAUCUUCUGGAUGGCCUCGAUGAAGAUUCCAUGAAAGAGGUUGCUGCAAAACUGGAAGGGGUUCUACGAACUGCUGUUGGGUUGCCUUCCAAGGUCGGGUGCAGCAGAGUUCUUGCUCUGUUGAGCACAAGAAGUUUACUGUUCCAGCCCUACGCGGACAAGUUUAUUGUCAUAUUGAAAAAGUAUGUACUUGACCGAAACGAAACAGUGAGCGUGUCGUACAGUGCUUCGAUUGGAUACAUGAUUCGAUUGGCAAGCGACGAAAAGGUUUUGGAUAUGAUUGAAUUUGCAAAAUCUAUAUACUUCAAUGCCGAUGAGCCUUCUCACCAAACGAUUUCCGGAGAGAUCCUGCACUCCAUGUCAAAGCUCUCUAGCGAUCGGUUUUCCCACUUUGCAAGUGCAGCACUGCCGUUUGUCUUUGUUGCCAAGCACGAUACAGAUGAGCAGACGCGCGAGAUUUUUGAAAAGACAUGGCAGGAUAACGUCGGAGGGUCCCGAGCGGUCUCUCUGUAUCUCAGUGAAAUUAGAGAAAUUAUUUCGGAAAGACUGGAUUCUCCUCGCUGGGCAAUCAAACAUAGUUCAUCACUGGCAGCGGCUGAUGUGGUCACAAGCCUGGGGACAUCUCUUGACCGCUCGACAGCCGAGCUUAUCUGGCCUCUGCUAGACCGGGCCCUGAGCGGAAAGACGUGGGAGGGCAAAGAAACAGUACUAAAGGCAUUUGUCAAAUUUACGGAGAAUUCGAAAGCUAUUUGGGAAUCCAAGCCGGAUAUUGGCCAGCAAAUGAAGGUAAUCAUGCUCAGGGAGGCCAAGAGGAAUAACGAGACAUACCGGCCGCAUGGGCUUAGUGCACUAGCCUCGUUUGCAGAGGCCCGGCAGGACUUGUACCUGCUUCCUGAAGCCAUCAAAAUCGUUGAGCCAAUCGUUGAGGAUUUGACGGAUAAAGACGGCACUAAGAUGGACAUAGACUCGGAUCAUUCCAAGACUACGCUUGGCGACGAGACGUUGGCAGCCAGCACUGACUGUCUCCUGCGAUGUGUCAACCCCACCCUGAUGGGGCCCAGUUCAGAAGAUCUGAUCGCGGCGUCAACAAUAAUCAAUGACUGCGUUCGAGGAAAUAGUCGCCGAGUGCUGGACAAUCUCUACACGGGAUUACGGGCUUUGUUUAAGAGGUUUGGGAAAGUCAUGUCGCAGGGGGGGCGAACACCAGAUAACGACAACGUCGAAAAGGGACUGCGGGUUCUGGCUGAUCAGCUCUUGUUCCGGGAUCUGAGCCCGACAGUCGAAAGCCUCCGAACAAAACGGGCCCAGGCGGCGGAUGAAUUCAUCACCAUAGUUAGCGAGGCUGGUAUGCCAGUUGGUGAAAAGGAGCGGCAGUUGGUUGGACAGUGGCUGGCGCAAGAGCGAGCAGGGCCGAUUCAGCAUAUCCUGGAGACUGCCCUACGAAAGCUUUGA